UAAAAAAGUGAAUCACGAGUCACGACGGCUUCGCUCUAGAGCUCUUGUUUUGUGUCACAGCAAUUGAUCCUACGAAGAACAUUCAGUCUGUCAGUAAAAUGGUGAAAGCGGUGGUUGGAGAAGAAACCCGACUCAAAUCGAUCGAGGAUCGCCUCAGCCAAUCCGGACUCCCCGUCCAGGUGGGUCUCGUAAUAGGCAAGCUGAGCUCGCCUUUAGACCGGGGUUUCAUCUACGAUUUGGUCCCAACCCCAGCAAACGACGCCGGAGAGCCCGCGUGUUCCCUCGUCGAGACCGUCAAGGAUGACAAGAAAAAGGGGCCCAAAUCCAAAUCCCAGGCCGCCGAUUCCUCCUCCUUGCUCAUCGAUCACGACUGGAUCGCCGAACACGCUCGUCAGGUGGCUAGAAUGCUAGUGGGCGGCAUAAAAGUGGUUGGCAUCUAUAUAUGGGUUAGCGAUAGUGCUUUCAAAAAUUCAACCAUAACACUUUGUCAGCUCUUGCAGACUGUAAAGGCAGUUGCAGAAGCAACACCUGUAUCAGAGAUUGAUCGGGAGGAAAGACUACUCAUUCACAUUUGUUACAGUCCAAUGAGGUGGACAUGUCGAAACUGCACAUGGACAUCAAAUAUUACAUCAAGCUGCCUACGACCCUGUGAUUUCAAAAUGGGAAGGGUUUUAGCUUCCCUUCAGACCUUCAAGUGCACCUACAAUUUUAACCUUAGAUGGCCCAUAUUUCAUGAAAGUGCAUCAAAAGUGAGAACAUUAAGUGAUGUUCUUCGUCAAGGAAUUUCUCAUCAUGCUAAAGAGCUAAAAGAUGCAAAGGCAGUGAUUGAUGGUAAUUUGGUUCUUAAUGAUGAACCGUGCACAUUGGACAGGGUGCAUGAAGUUGAACUGCUUCUACCAUUCAUGAAAGAUACAUAUGCAGAAGCAUGCAGCCAAAAAGAUGUUCUUGGUGUUCUUGCCUUCAAUGGAUCCGUGUGUUCUUUUGCAUACUUGAAUCCGAAAGAACCAAUUUCACAAGCUGUCUCUGAUAUAAAGGGGGAUAUCAUCAUGAGUUUGCGAAGUAGAUUAGAUAUCAUCUGUGAUGAGGCAUAUGAAGAUGUGGGGCCAAGAGAUGAUGUUAGGCAGGAAGCAAAUGAUCUGAUAUUGACUGAGAAACCUCUUUCGCAACUCGUCCUGCACCUAUUAAGAAAAGAAUGCAGUCUUUCAUUUCCUCGAAGAGUAUUUCUUCCUUGGUUGGCAGGCACAUACAUAUGCGACUACUUACAGUCAUCCGAGACUCUUGAGGUUCUAAAAGAUCAUUGUGUUGAGCUAAUGUCCAUGGAAGCUCCAAGUGAUACCUCAACAAUCUUGGAACCAGAAAAUGAAGCUCCAUCUAUGGUCACCAAGUCCUUCUGGGAUGUGGCAAUUCCCUUCUAUUCAGCAUCUAUCUCACCCGUAGAGAAAGGUGGAAGUGACAGGAGAGAGGAAAUUAGAAAAAAAUCUACUAAGUCAGAUAGUGUCAACGGCAUGGGUGCUGUUCUCUUCCUUCUCCUAUCUAUCUUAGUGGGGUUUGUUCUCUAUGUUUUUAGGGGAUCAAGGUCGUAGUUCUUCAGGUAAAGCCUCAGUCACAAUAUCUAGUGGGGUUAAUUUUUGUAGGCCUACAAAUGAAAAGUAAUUUUUUUGUUAAUUCUUUGUCCUGUGUGGGAAAAGUGUUGAGUUGAAUCUUAUUUGUUGACAUGCAGUUUCUUUUAAUUUGUUGAAAUUUUAUUUUAAAAACGUCCA